AUGAAGAGCAGGCGAGCUAGCAGCAAAGGAGAAGGCCCCCGGAGUUGGAUUAGAGGACAACUAAUAGAUAAGGAGACACCUGUCUCCUCAGCUGCAGCCGGAAGACCCCAAGACAUCACCCCACAGCAAUAUCUUAACAGCAUAGAAAAGGCAAAUGCAGCACUCAGAGGAGCUCCCACCAGAGGGGGAAGCUGGGGCGGGGCACGCGCUGGCCGAGGAGGGAGAUUCUCUCGCUCGGGGGGCCGCGGGGGCUCCACAGGAUUUGAAGCUGCACCUGCAGCAGCGCAGCAGCAGCCGUUGCAGCAGCAGCCACUGCAGCAGCAGGCGCUGCAGCAGCCGUUGCAGCAGCAGCAGCAGCAGCAGCAACGGCAGCAGCAGCAAGGAGGGGGCGGCCACCGCUACAGGAGAGGAGGGGGUAGGGGAGGAUAUGCGGGUCCCUCAAGCGCCAGAGGCGGUGGCUUUGGUGGCAGGGCCGGCGAUCUCCCCCCCACUUGGAAAUCCCCAACGCAGAACCUCUGA